AUGGCCCAAGUCAUCUGGAAUGCAGACAUUGAUGUAUAUAAUCCGCUGGUCAUGCCGCUCCCGGUGGCCAAAACCAUAGCGUGGUUUCUCGAUGUGCCGGAUUUGCUUCAAUUUGCCAAAACUUCAAAAAACACAUAUAGAGCGGCCAAUGAUCCCCAGCUCUGGAUCCUGAAGCUCAAGAAAAUGGGGCUUUGGCAAAAUGGAGUGGAGGCUUCAAGAGAAGAGCUAGCAGGCUCAAAGUUUGAGUGGCUCGAUAACCCAUUGACCUGCUGUGACAAGAUAUACAAGAUACCCAAGAUCGCCAAGUUCCAGAUCCUACGCAUACGAAGAAGCCUACACCGGUUUUACGCCGACUUGCAACUGAAUCUACCAUACGAGCGACUCAAGCUUUUCAAAACAUUUCAGUCACCACAGGAACAAGCGAAGAUGUUGAGCAAUCUCUUAAUGUACAACGCUAUCAAUCCUGACGAGACGGUCGGCAGUAUGGUCGGUGAAAAGAUCACCGAUCUCAUGGAGAUUUUUGAAAAUGCCUUGCUACGAGAACUAGAGAUUCAUUAUGACAUUCAGGAUUACGAAAGGACCAGUGAGUUCGUCACCAUCCUUGUGGAGCUCAAGAACGAGCAAACGCUUAUAGACUUUUUCCUCCAGAAAGUUUGCUUCGAUAAUGAUACAACGAAGUUCUUGAACCUGGAGGCCUUCAACGUUUGCAAGUUCUUUAGUGCCGCCACAAACGGUGACCUUAUCGCUCAACUGGACGAUGAAGACGACGAGGACGAAGAAAAAGAGAAACCUGAGCCAAAGUGGGAGCUCAACCAAGAAGAAUUAGACGGGUUUAUUUACGAGCUUGCAUCGGUAUUCAAUGAAGAGUCGAGAAUUAUCGAUUUGAUCUUCCCCCAGACGAUUCCCAUGAUGUACAAAGUGAGCGAGGAGCUCAUAUCAAACCAGCUCCAGGAUGUCAUUCUCCUUCUCAUAUCCACAUCAAAAGAACGUGGCUUGUAUUUUGAGAUGGUCACUCAAUUAUAUGUUAGACUCACCCACGACUUCCUUGACCAAUUGAACCCAAGUGUGAAUGUUGGUGAGAGUUACAUUCGUUUGACUCGACUGCUCAUAGAUGUCUCCUACGAGUCAAUAGCGGCCGAGUAUCUUAAUGAAGAAAAGGCUGUGUUCAAGCAGCGCUGCUCUGAGAAGGUGUCUGAGUGGAAGGAUAAUGUCAAGCAACGGGAGCAUGAAACCACGCAAAACAUUCUUAAGCACGUCAAGGCAGAGUCAAAGAGUGACUUUUUGCUGAGUUUCAAAAAGGUCUUCACAAUUUCAGGCAAAGACAACGAGGACCUGAAGGAGGAGGAAGGUGACGAGAAGCUCAACUACUCCAAGAUCCAAGCUCAAGCGAAGAUUCUAGCAGAAAACAUCAAGUCCUUGAGAAGAGUGUUCAGUCCAGAGUUGACACUCAAUGUUCUCAAUGAUACAAAGGUGUCUCUUGCAAGACUUUCGCUGUUUGAUGACUACACAGUUGCCGCCUUGCGCUUCGACAUCUACGGAGUGAUGCAAGAGGAGUUCAUCAGUGUGAUUGAAAGCAUAACCAAUGAUCACCUUCGAGAAGGAUUCGAAAGAGCUCUCAAGUACCUCAAGGAUUACAACCCUAGAGACGUAUCUCUCGCUGACGAUAAGAGAGGAACUGCCAUCGAACCCCUUGUCAUCUUCUUCGAGGCAAUUAACAUGGCAGAUAUGAUCGUGCAAAUGAUCGAUAUAUUCUACAAGGAGGAGAUCAUGCAAAGAAAAUUGACCAAACACGAGAACUCUGUUCUCAACCCGUCUCUUCAAAGCAAAAAGGCAGCAGAAGCUCUCGUUGACAAGUACGUUGCAGACGGUCUUCAUAUUGGCAUUGACGUUCUUUUCAAGGAAAUAGAGUCUGUGUUCCUUUCUGGUCUCAGUGACUCCGACUACAAUCCACCUCCUAGCAUGGCCCACGAUAUCCCGGGGCCCACCAAGGCUGCUCAACAUGCCGUUCUGAUAUUAGAGGAUAACAUUGACUUGUUGGUUGAUUGCGCCGAUAAACCGAUUGUGGAAGUCUUCCAGCAGGAAGUUGCAGAAAGAUUCUUUCAAGCGAUCGUGAAAUGCUUAAAACGAAGCACGAUCUCAGUUGGCGGCGCUGUCACGCUUAUCUCGGAUCUUAACUUGUACUACGACUUUAUCCUUACCCAUGUCAAAAGUAACAAGCGUAUGAUCUUCCCGCUAUUUCAGGCACUUAAGAAGGUGGGAUCAAUUUAUUUAAUUGGAGGCGAGGAUGCCAAGGCCAUUGGGCAGCUCAUCAGUGAUUUGACUAAGUUUAACGGUAUUUUCAGUCAGGAGGAGAUUUACGAGUUCGUGCAACGCAGAGCCGACUGGCCGUUGAUCAAAAAGCAUGUUCAGAAGGUGAUGUAUGGACUCAGUUUGAUCGAUUGCACAAUUGUAUAG